GAGAAAUGAGACUCCAAUGGCUCUUACUCUAAAUCUUCUUAACCUUAGUUUUGUUUUUUUUAUUCAUAGUUUUUUUUCUUGGCACGUAUAAUUAUAACGUGCAGAGUUAUAGAUAUCGAUACAUAUAUAUAAUUAAUUAAUUAAUUGAAAAUUUUAUUUGUGAAUAUAAAUUGAUAUAGCAAUGAGAUCUUUUCUGGAGUUUGUGUCAUGUUGUGUUACAACGCCUGAAGUGUCUGUGAAGGAGCAGGUGGUGACAGCGGGGACAGCUCCAAGGAAGGAGGAGACAAGGUCUUUGAUGCCUACAAAAGUGGCUGCUCUAAGGAAGAAGAAGAAGAGAGUAAGGGUAGGGACACCAGGGUCUUUGACGCCAGAGUGGAAGCCCUCAUUGUUUGUGAUCUCAGAGGAUAAGGUUACGGCAGAGAAGAGAGAGAAAACACCACCCCAAGCGGCGACGGCAACGGUGGAUAGGGUGGUGAAGAGGAAGAGCACCACGGGGUCACGCUCCAAAGUUCAUGUUCGAAGCUAUAGCGACGACAUAGGGCGAAAUUCGGUGCAAGUGGUCAUUCCAGCGUUUUCCCCUACUCCUUUCAUGUUUUGAUAAUAAUCUUUUAUAUACAUAUUGUACAAAUUAUUUGUAGGAAUAAAAAUUCUUGUAAAUCUGCAACUAUUGCAAUCAAAUAGGGCAAAGCAAUUUG